CUCUAUCACAGUGCCCAAGUUUUAUACUUAUAUCGAGGUAUAGACUGCCUAUUUGGUCUGGUCCUUGAGACGCUAAGAACCACCAAUUAUCGGAGACGACAAUAUGGCUCAAAAUUAUUCUCAAUGGUGCGGAUAAAUUUACUCUUUUCUAAAAUCUUACACAUUCAUUAUAUUCUCAUGCUUCAAUUUGCAAAUUUUUGCUCUUUUAUCAACCUUUAUGGAUCAUAUGGAGUUUGUCAGGUGUGUUAUAGAAGCGGCUUUUGUCUUUCCUAUAACUCUUCUUCACUUCUUUACUCAAUACGACGCACACUGAACUCAGCUUUACCUUCUGUUGAUCAUCUUUGCAUUCAGUCAUAUUCUCUUUCACCAUCCUCCUCUCUGCAAUCAGUUUGCAGGUGUCCGUGACAGCAAUACAUUGUCUCGUUUCUGCGUAAAACGGUGGUACACCACCUUUACAGAGUUCCACACGUUUCCUCAGGGAUGCGGUGUAGUACCUCCGAUUUCGCUCUGAUCUGAUUUGAAGCGAAACCAUCCCUUCUAGUUUUGCUCUUCAGUUUCUGAAUGUUUAGCU